AUGACGCAAGUUAAUCUUUCUAUCAUUCCUGUUGUUGGCGAGACUUACGAAACUUGCGAAAUUGACGAAAUUGACAAAACUGACAAAACCGAUGAAGCUGGUGAAAUUAAACGAAACCGAGACCAGCAACCAAUGCGUUAUUUAUUGGAUCAAAAAUGUGACUCAUCUGCAACAGGUAUGGAAAAGAUUGAUACAAGUCUUAAAGCGCCUUUCCACGAGAGAAAAUAUUUGGAACAAGGAAAAGAUGUAGAUCGAGUUAACGUUUAG